GACCGCCAGCCGGCCGCCGGGGCGCAGGCAGGGCGCAGGCGGCGGCGGGCGGCAUGGAGAGCCUGCUGGAGAACCCGGUGCGCGCCGUGCUCUACCUGAAGGAGCUCACGGCCAUCGUGCAGAACCAGCAGAGCCUCAUCCACACCCAGCGCCAGCGCAUCGACGAGCUGGAGCGGCGGCUGGACGAGCUGAGCGCGGAGAACCGCAGCCUGUGGGAGCACCAGCAGCUUCUGCAAGCCCAGCCUCCGCCCGGGCUCGUGGCCCCGGCGUCAGCCCCGCUGCGGGCUCCCGCGUCCAUCUCUCCUGCCGCCCCCGCCGCCGGUGCCGUCGCCGCGGCCCAGGAGCAGCUCCAAGACCACGGACAGCUCCCUCCCGUCGCCGCGCCGCCCUCUCCCGAGCAGCCGCCGCUUCAGCACCACGGACAGCUCGGCGCGCAGUCCCAGCCCGGCGCCGUCAGCAGGGCUCACCUGCCCCAGUCGCCCCGCCAGCACCUGGUGACCCUUGGGGCCGUGGCCGACAAGGAGAAGGAGCGUGCCCCGAGUUGUUGCGCUGCCGCUGGAGCCCUCCUUCCGCACAAAUCCUCGGCUGCCCUCGGCAAGGGCGUCCUGAGCAGGAGACCCGAGAAUGAGACCGUGCUGCACCAGUUCUGCUGCCCAGCUGCUGAUGCCGAGCAGAAGCCCACUUGCUCCGACCUGGCCUCCCAGAGUGACGGCUCCUGUGCCCAGGCCGGUGGGGGCAUGGAGGACUUCGCAGUGGCAGCCGGCAGACCCAGUGUCCAUGCCCCGAAGGCUGAAGCCCAGGAGCUGCAGGAGGAGGAGGAGCGGCCGGGGGCGGGGGGUGCCUCCCCCAGGGCUGGCCUGCAUCGUGCGGCCUCCCCCGGCCAGCAGCAGCCUGCCCUGGCGACGGCGCCCUGCUCCCACACCCCUGGCGCCUCUGAUUACGAACUCUCCCUUGACCUAAAGAAUAAACAGAUUGAAAUGCUAGAACACAAGUACGGGGGCCAUCUCGUGUCCCGGCGCGCCGCCUGCACCAUCCAAACCGCCUUCCGCCAGUAUCAGCUUAGCAAGAACUUUGAAAAGAUCCGCAACUCCCUGCUAGAGAGCCGCCUGCCUCGGCGGAUCUCCCUGCGCAAGGUGCGGGCGCCCACUGCGGAGAGCUUGGCGGCCGAGAAGGCGCUCAUGGAAGGCUAUGGGCUCAUGGGGCUGCCGCUGGUGCGCUCGCCCUCCCUGCCGCCCACCUUCGCGGGCACCCUCACCGAGCUAGAGGACUCCUUCACCGAGCAAGUGCAGUCCCUGGCCAAGUCCAUCGACGACGCCCUCAGUACCUGGAGCCUCAAGACCAUGUGCUCCCUGCAGGAGGGCGGCGCUUACCAAAUCCACCAGGCCCUGCACGCAGGCUCCGGGCAGCCUAGUCUGGAGGCUGAGAUGCAGGAGCCGGAGAACGCAGGUCCAGGGCCGGGGGAUGAGGGCACGGAGGCUGCCGGCCUGCCCCAGGGCCACGGCGGGACCCUCAUGAUGGCUUUCCGGGACGUCACGGUGCAGAUCGCCAACCAGAACAUCUCGGUCUCCUCCUCCACGGCUCUGUCUGUGGCCAACUGCCUGGGCGUGCAGACAGCCCAGGCCGCAGCAGAGCCUGCGACCAGCAAAGGCGAGCAGGGCGAGGCCCGGGAGGUCCCGACCAUGGGCCAGGGGGACGCGCCCGGGGAGGACACAGGCGCAGAGGCAGCGGCCGGCCGGGCCCCUGGCAGCCCCCAGCCAGUGGCCGCUGAGGCAGUGAUGGAGGAGGCCGUGGCUGCCGAAGCAGAGGAAGAAGAGGAGGCUGGGGAAGCAGGGAAAGGGGCGGAGACCGAGGUGGGUGGCAACUCGGAGCAGCUGAGCAGCAGCAGCACCUCCACCAAGUCGGCCAAGUCGGGCUCCGAGGUGUCGGCCGCGGCAUCCAAAGAGGCCCUGCAGGCCAUGAUCCUGAGUCUGCCCCGCUACCACUGCGAAAACCCGGCCAGUUGCAAGUCGCCCACGCUCUCUACCGACACUCUGCGCAAGCGGCUCUACCGCAUCGGGCUCAACCUCUUCAACAUAAACCCGGACAAGGGCAUCCAGUUCCUGAUCUCGCGCGGCUUCAUCCCUGACACGCCCAUUGGCGUGGCACAUUUCCUCCUCCAGCGCAAGGGCCUCAGCCGCCAGAUGGUCGGAGAGUUCCUGGGGAACAGCAAGAAGCAGUUCAACCGCGACGUGCUGGACUGUGUCGUGGAUGAGAUGGACUUCUCCAGCAUGGAGCUGGACGAGGCCCUCAGGAAGUUCCAGGCUCACAUCCGGGUCCAGGGUGAGGCCCAGAAGGUGGAGCGGCUCAUAGAAGCCUUCAGCCAGCGCUACUGCAUGUGCAACCCUGAGGUGGUGCAGCAGUUCCACAACCCCGAUACCAUCUUCAUCCUGGCCUUCGCCAUCAUCCUCCUCAACACCGACAUGUACAGUCCCAACAUUAAGCCGGACAGGAAGAUGAUGCUUGAGGACUUUAUCCGAAACCUGCGAGGAGUGGAUGAUGGUGCUGACAUCCCCAGGGAGCUGGUGGUAGGAAUCUAUGAAAGGAUACAGCAGAAGGAACUCAGGUCCAAUGAGGACCACGUCACAUAUGUCACCAAGGUGGAAAAGUCCAUUGUGGGCAUGAAGACAGUGCUGUCGGUGCCAUACCGCCGCCUGGUGUGCUGCAGUCGGCUCUUCGAGGUCACAGACGUGAACAAGCUGCAGAAGCAGGCCGCGCAUCAGAGGGAGGUGUUCCUCUUCAACGACCUGCUGGUGAUUCUCAAACUGUGCCCAAAGAAGAAGUGCGCCUCCACAUACACCUUCUGCAAAUCAGUCGGCCUGCUGGGCAUGCAGUUCCACCUCUUUGAGAACGAGUAUUACUCUCAUGGCAUCACACUGGUGACCCCUCUGUCGGGCGCAGAAAAGAAGCAGGUGCUGCACUUCUGUGCCCUGGGCUCAGAUGAAAUGCAGAAGUUCGUGGAGGACUUGAAGGAGUCCAUCGCUGAGGUGACAGAGCUGGAGCAGAUCCGGAUAGAGUGGGAGCUGGAGAAGCAGCAGGGAACAAAGACGCUCUCCUUCAAGUCCAGGGAAGCCCAGGUGGACCCACAGUCAAAGCAAGGAUCACCCACAGUCAAAGCCAAGAGGGACACUGCGCUGGGGGAGAAGCCCACAGAGAGCCCCGGGGAGGUGUCAAUUCACAACAGGCUUCAAACGUCCCAGCGCAGCUCCAGGCUGGGGGCCGAGAGGGGAGCGCCAGUGCCACUGCCAGACCCACAGCCUAGCCCUGUGAGAGAGCAGCCACCGCUGCCGCCGCUGCCACCCACACCCCCCGGCACCCUGGUACAGUGCCAGCAAAUUGUCAAGGUCAUUGUCCUGGACAAGCCCUGCUUGGCGCGCAUGGAGCCCCUGCUGAGCCAGGCUCUCUCCUGCUACACCUCGUCCUCCUCCGAUUCCUGCGGCUCCACACCUCUGGGUGGCCCGGGGUCCCCAGCCAAGGUCAUCCACCAGCCUCCACUGCCCCCGCCCCCACCCCCUUACAAUCACCCUCACCAGUUCUGCCCGCCCGGCUCCCUGCUGCACCGGAGGCGCUACUCCAGCGGCUCCAGGAGCCUGGUGUAGCUCUGCCUCCUACAGCCUGCUGCUCCAGGAAGACCAGCCACCAGGCGGGCCUCAGCUGCCCCUUGCUGCUCCCUGUAUCCUGGCAUACAAAGUCACCAGUCACUGUUUGGAAAGAGAACCCUGAUCCCUAGCACAUGGAUUUGCUUGGUCCAGCCAUCCUACCCUUACUCAGCUGAGCACCCCUCAAACCUGGAGAAACCACCUCCCUUUCCUGGGGUCCCACAGAGCCAGAUGAGGUGAUAUCUCUGGCCACCACUCCCCAGUCGAACCAUGGAGUGAAGAAACUCAGAGCUGAGGAGCUGACCAGCUUGCAGGCUUGGAGUCUAUUCAUGCCCGAGCCUCAGCCCAUGGGCAGGAGCAGGAGGCUGGGGUGGCUGGAGUGGCAACAGAGCCCUGGAUGGAGGGUGACUGGCCUGCAGCCAGGUGCACCUGUGGCUGAGCUGAGUGGAAGAGGGUAGCCCCAGCUCUCUGGAGGGCCAGCUGGCAGGAGGCAGAAGGAGGAGCUUGUUCUGCUCCCCUGUCCCCAGCCCAGAAGUCUCAGAAGGCUGCUCCUGGGUCCCCAAGGACAUUGGCUCUCCUGGCCCCUCCCCCCAGGGCCUUCUCAAGAGCUGCCCUGACUCCAGGAAAGCUUUAAGAAAGGGAGGAGGAAGGAGGAGCACUUGGCUCUCUCUAGGUUAGUUUGUCAGGGCCAUGAGAUGACAAGGUCAAAUAUCUGCAAAAUGCACUUUUGAAAAGCAUUCAGUAGUUCCCCGGCCCCAAGUGAAACCCAGCCAGUGCCAGGGGCACACAGACACACACCAGAACCAGGUUAAUUUCUUCCACUCUUUCCACAGACACAAGGGGAUGGGUGUGAUCCACCCAGUGGGGGUUCUAAGGGAGGUUCUACUGGGCCCAGAGUCAGGGCUGCCUCUUGUGUGACUCGGUGGCCUCCAGGAAGAACUUGUGUGCAGAAGUAGGCAGGAGCAUGGGGCCCCAGAGGAGUCGGGUCUCCCGGCUGCCUCAGGCUUUAACAGUCCCCUGUGAAGACACAGAUCCCCUCCAACGAGACUGGCUGAGUCCCUCAACGUCACAAAGGAGAGCCAAGCAGGGCUGCUGGCCUCCUGGGGUGAGCAGGAGCAGAGAGCCAGCCUCAGGUUCCCACAAAGCCCCAGCCCGAGGAGAGACGGCCCAUCCUCAAAGCCCUGGGUCAGUGCCCUGGCCACCCCAUCAUGGAGGUUUUAGGAAGUAUCUGCUGGAAGCCUGGCCACACUGUGGUCCUGUGCUUGCAACUACAGCUGUCCUUCCUCACAAUCCUUCCUCUGGAAGCCCAUUUAUAAAGCCUCCAGGGAGAUGCAAUAGAUAUUGGCUAUGUCUAAAGUGAAUUGGCUUCUCCAGCCCCAGCUCAGGCCCUGUGCUGCAGCAUCCAGGGCCAGGGAGGAGGCAGGGAUAAUCUCCACCCACAGAGGGGCCAGGUGACCUAGUUUCCCAUGCCUGUGUGUGAACACCCGGACGUCAUCAUGAGGUCACUUAGUUUAUUUCUGGAUCUGUCUUUGUCAGCCUGGUUUCCAUAACUUGGGACCAAUUUGCUGUCUCCCUCAUGACUCCCAGCCCAUCUGUUCCCCCCACCCUGGCGGCCUCGGCCCCUCAGGGGCUAUUCUGAACAGAGAUGCUUUCAGAGCCUGGAGGCGUAAGACAGCUGACACAAUCCAGACACCUUGCUGCCCUCAGCCAGGGUGGGAAACCUCAGGGUCUCAGGGGUGAUGGAGCUGUGAGGAUAGGAGUGGGUGAAUCUCCAACGAGAGGGCUGAAAAUGGAGUACAAAUUACAAAUAGGAGGCAAGGUAUGAGGUAGGAAAGAAUGUGAGUGAUGAGUGCAGCUAAAUGUACUUAUGAGAUGGGGGUGACUGGUGCCAGGGGCUGCUGGAGAAGGGCAUAGCCCUAGACAACUUCAUGCCCACUGUCCCUUCACGUCCUGUCAACUUCAUGCCUUGUCCCUGCUCACAGUGUGAGCAAAGUGCCCUCCUUUCCAGUUGGCAGGCACAGCAGUGCCUACCCCUCCCUCCCCCUCAGCCAAAGCCCAACUUCCCUGAUGGCAGCAACCAAGGUCUUAGGGCUGGCUCGUGCACAUUCUCUGAGGCCCUGGAUGUCCAGGCACCCAGUGCCCCUUCCCCAGGCCAGAGGCUCAUCCUGGCUUGCUGCAAGGUGGCCAUGGGCCCCAUCAGCAACCGGGGCAACUUGCACAGAAAGAGACCAGCCUGGGGUGGGCAGCACAGAGCAGCCUGAGGCAGGGAGGGUCUGGACAGGAGACAGCUGGGCCUCCUCACUGUUGGGCCAGCUGGAGUUCCCGCCUUCUGUAGCCUCCCUACUUGAUCAGUCAGCAGGCUAAGCUGGGACCAUUCUCAGUCUCCUCCCCAGAGACUGGGGACAUCCUCUGCCCUCCAUGGGAGCAGCCACGUCAGGGCCUCCCAGAGGGCCAGCAGAGAUGCUCAGGGGCCUCCUGCUCUCCCAAGACUAAGGGCAGUGCAGUGCUGACUGAGCCACAAUCGCCCUGAGACAGCCCCACUUCAUCAACCCUCUAGCCUCACUUUGGGGGACCUGGGCUCCUCUCCCAUUUUAUCUAUUUGGCCCAAGGCUGGAAUCAAGAGCGGAAGAUGAAACUAGCUUCCUCACCCCUUCAGGACAAGUCCCACUGCCAGAACUGAAGUGGGCCCCGUCCAACACUUAUCCCCCAGGUCUGCCUCUCUGACUGUCUGUCUGUCUGUCUCAAAGGUGUCUCGCUCCCACACACACUUAGGACCUCUGACUCCCCACCCACCCACCCACCUGUCCACCAGAGCCUGCCAGGAUAUCUCUUGUAGCCAACAGGCUUCCCUGGUGACCAUCUGUCUGUCUGUCCCUGAGUCGGGGGCACCUCCCUCCUCACUGCACCCCUCCCUGCUCGCACCCUUCACCCUGCCGGAGAGAUGCCUCUCUAGGGAAAGGCAGGGUGGCUGCACCCAGCAAUUAAUCCAAAUGGCAAAUAUUUUGUAACAAAAAUAGCCCAGAGGUAUUUUAUCUGUUCAAUUCAUAGUUUUAGAGAUUAUAUUGAAAUAUGUCACUU